UGUCGUCAUCGGUGACACAGCAUAGUUAAGCGCGCGGAAUCUCGAUAGCGGCGGUUCUUUGGUGUCGUCUCAGCCUUUCUACUAAUAAUCAGUAAUUUUUCCUCGCAGAAACAUGUCUACCACCUUAAACAGGCAAAGGAAUCUGGUCAUCAUGGAUAAUAAAGGUGGAAAAACUUGUAUUCUUUAACACAAUUGGUCACAAACCCUGUGACAUUGAAGUCUGUGCAGCUGCUGCCUCUUUUCUGCUGUGUUCUACCCUCUGUUGGAAAACAUACUUGAGUGCUCUGAACAAUUGAAUGCGAUUCUUCUGUUGCUUCUACUUGAUCCAUCAACAUGUUUACUAACGGGUGUUUGAUAUUUGAAGAUGAUAGCUUUCUUGAUUCCACUGUGGCCAAGAUGAAUGCUUUACGUAAAAGUGGCCAGUUUUGUGAUGUCAGACUGCAGGUCUGUGGACAUGAGUUAAUGGCGCAUAAGGCUGUGCUGGCCUGCUGCAGUCCUUACCUGUUUGAGAUCUUUAACAGUGACUCUGAGCCACAGGGUGGGGUUUCACUGGUCAUAUUUGAUGACCUCAACCCAGAUGCCAUGGAGAUCUUGCUCAACUAUGCCUACACAGCUCAGCUGAAGGCAGAUAAAGAUCUGGUCAGUGAUGUGUACUCUGCGGCAAAAAAGCUUAAAUUAGACCGGGUCAAACAGAUCUGUGGAGACCACAUGCUAUCUAAAAUGGACUGUCAAAGUGCCAUUUCCUACCGUAAUUUUGCUAGUAGCAUGGCUGAUUGUCGGCUUCUGAGCAAGAUCGACAGCUAUAUCCAUGACCAUCUUCAGGAGAUCUCGGAACAAGAUGACUUCCUUAAACUUCCUCGUCUGAAGUUGGAUGUUAUGCUAGAGGAAAACCUGAACCUUCCGAGUAAUGGUAAACUCUACUCGAAGGUAAUAAGCUGGGUGCAGCGCAGCUUGUGGAAGAAUGGAGAUCCCCUGGAGAAACUAAUGGAAGAGGUGCAAACGCUGUACUACUCAGCAGAUCACAAAUUGCAUGAUGGGAGCCUGUUUGAGGGGCAGGCAGAGACCUGCAACUCUGAGGAUGACCACAUCCAUUUUGUGCAGCUGCCUGGUUUGGUUUUGCAGAAGAAGCUUCCUCGAGAGAGAGAUGAGAUUAUCUCAGGUGCCUCUGGUAGCCCUUCUCCCACCUCCAAAAGCCUUUUCAACAAGCACGAAUGGAAGUACAUUGCCUCUGAGAAGACCACCAACAACUCUUACCUAUGUCUGGCUGUUUUGAGAGGCGUACUGUGUGUGAUCUCCCUCCAUGGCCGCAGCAGUCCCCAGAGUUCCCCCUCUGCUACGCCUUGCGUGCUGAAGAGUCUGAGCUUCGAGGCUCAGCCAGAAGAACUGCAGGAGAGGCUGCUAAAGCCCAUGCAUUAUGCUCGCUCAGGCCUGGGUACUGCUGAACUAGAUUGCAUGCUCAUUGCUGCAGGUGGCUACAACAGAGAAGAGUGCCUGAGGACUGUGGAGUGUUACAACCCAAAAAAGGAUUGCUGGACUUUUAUUUCUCCCAUGCGCACUCCACGAGCUCGAUUCCAGAUGACUGUGCUAAUGGGUCAGCUGUUUGUGAUGGGUGGCUCCAACGGUCACUCGGAUGAGCUUAGCUGUGGAGAGAUGUAUGACCCCAAGGCUGACGAGUGGAGUCAAGUUCCUGAGCUCCGCAUCAACCGUUGCAAUGCGGGUGUGUGUUCCUUGCAAAACAAGCUUUUUGUGGUGGGUGGAUCUGAUCCCUGUGGUCAAAAGGGCUUGAAGAAUUGUGACUCCUUCGACCCAGUGUCAAAAUCUUGGACCAGCUGUGCACCACUGAACAUCAGAAGGCACCAGGCAGCGGUGUGUGAGCUAGCCGGAUCAGUGUAUGUAAUUGGUGGCGCUGAAUCCUGGAACUGCUUAAACUCCGUAGAACGCUAUAACCCUGAGAACAACACCUGGACCCUAGUGGCCGCCAUGAAUGUGGCCCGCCGUGGUGCGGGAGUGGCCGUUUAUGAAGGGAAGCUCUUUGUGGUUGGAGGAUUUGAUGGCUCUCGUGCUCUGCGAUGUGUGGAGGUGUAUGACCCAGCCAAGAAUGAGUGGAGGAUGUUAGGAAGCAUGACAUCGGCACGUAGCAACGCAGGGGUGGCUGUGCUAAAUGGUGUGCUCUGUGCUGUUGGGGGCUUCAAUGGCAAUGAGUUUCUUAACACCAUGGAGGUGUUUGACCCAGACACCAAUGAGUGGAGCCCAUUUAUAGAGGCAUUAGCUAAGAGCUGAACAUGGCAAAGUGAACAAAGCUUUGUAAUGUAAUUUGUUUUAUUGGUGUUUGUCUGGGUGCUGAGGAGAGGAAUGUGGGGAUGUUAGGAAGAAUAACUGAUAUUUUCAUAGGGUUGCUCAAAGCAACGUAAAGCCUUUGCAUAUUGCAUGAAUUACUGUGUAAAUAUUUUUCUUUUUUUGGUCACCAUGAAUUCCAGUAUUUUUAUAUUUUGAAGGUUAAUAAUUCAAAACUUGUUUUAGGCUUACUGUAUUCAGAUGCAGUGCUCAGUCCAUCAUGCAUAAUUUGACCUUGAUUUAUGAAUAUUUCUUUGAAGAUGAGAUGUAUAUUUACAGUUGGAAUGUCUUAGACCAUUGAAUACUUGGCCUUGUCAUGUUAAAUGGAGCCAUAAUGCUUUGGUGGAUUGGUAUCUCUUGCCUCUUUUUAGCGUUUUUAUAGAACACUUAUAUGUAAGGGUCCAAUUUGUAAAACUGAGAAUUGCACAUUCCAAGUUUUGAAAAAUGAAUUUGUGCCAGAGACUUUCUUUCAUUAAUUUCAGUUUCAUCUUAUUCAUUUCUGUAUUUAAAACCUUACUAGACCUGAACUGUAAAUGGAUUUUGUUACAAAAAUGAUAAUAAAUAAACCAUUUUAA